UCCUUCUCUAAAUCAUUCUCGGCUACAAUGUCUCACCGUAAGUUUGAGAGACCUCGUCACGGUUCCCUUGGAUUCUUGCCUCGCAAGCGCGCCGCUCGCCACAGAGGAAAAGCCAAGUCCUUCCCUAAGGAUGAUCCUUCCAAGCCCGUGCACUUGACCGCCUUCAUGGGUUACAAGGCCGGCAUGACCCACGUUGUCCGUGACUUGGAUCGUCCCGGCUCCAAGAUGCACAAGAAGGAGAUUGUCGAGGCCGUCACUAUCAUCGAAACCCCUCCUAUGGUUGUUGUUGGUGUUGUCGGUUACGUCGAGACUCCUCGUGGUCUCCGCUCUUUGACCACCGUCUGGGCUGAGCACUUGUCUGAGGAGCUCAAGCGCCGCUUCUACAAGAACUGGUAUCGCUCCAAGAAAAAGGCCUUCACCAAGUACGCUAAGCAGCACGCCAACGGUGCCAAGCCCAUUCUCCGUGAGCUCGAGCGUAUCAAGAAAUACUGCUCAGUCGUUCGUGUCAUUGUCCACACUCAGGUCCGAAAGGUCAAGAUUGGUCAGAAGAAGGCCCAUGUCAUGGAGGUUCAGUUGAACGGAGGCUCCGUCGCUGAUAAGGUUAAGUUUGCCUACGAGCACUUUGAGAAGACCGUUGACGUUAGCUCUGUAUUGGAGCAGGAUGAGAUGAUUGAUGUCAUUGCUGUUACCAAGGGUCACGGUUUCGAGGGUGUUACUCACCGUUGGGGUACCAAGAAGCUUCCUCGCAAGACCCACAAAGGUCUUCGUAAGGUUGCUUGUAUCGGAGCUUGGCAUCCUUCCCGUGUUAUGUUCUCUGUUCCCCGUGCUGGUCAGAACGGUUACCAUCACCGUACUGAGGUCAAUAAGAAGAUCUACCGCAUUGGCAAGGGCGAGGACAAGUCCAAUGCUAAGACUGACUACGAUUUGACUGAGAAGGCCAUCACUCCUCUCGGUGGCUUCCCUCACUACGGUAUUGUCAACGAGGACUACGUCAUGAUCAAGGGAUGCUGCGCUGGUACCAAGAAGCGCGUCGUUACUCUCCGCAAAUCUCUUUUGGUCCACACAAAGCGCUCUGCUUUGGAGAACGUUCAGCUCAAGUUCAUCGAUACCUCCUCCAAGUUCGGUCACGGUCGCUUCCAGACCCGCGAUGAGCGUCAGCAAUUCCAAGGCACCUUGAAGAAGGAUCUUUAAAGGAAAAUAUUUCUUUUUCGGUACCGUGGAGCUUUGCACGGACCGCGUGAGAUGUUUGUAAUAAAAUGAUUUCUGCGCCCAUGCAUGCAAUCUAAAACCCCGUGUUUUUGUUUCUUGUAGAAAUGCG